AUGGACCUCAUGAAUCGAGUUUUCAAGGAGUAUCUAUAUUAUUUUUUCAUCAUGUUCAAAGAUGAUAUACUGGUGUAUUAUAAGACACAGGAGGAACAUGAGGAGCACCUACACUUGACUUUGCAACGAUUAAGAGAACAUCAGUUGUAUGUGAAGUACAAGAAAUGUGAGUUUUGGUUGUCUGAGGUUGCAAUUUUGGGACACAUUGUCACUAAUGUAGGAAUCAAGAUUGAUCCUAUUACGGUCGCCGCAAUGAAGGAGUGGCCAAGAACGAAGAAUGCCUGUGAGAUUAGAAGUAUUCUAGGUUCACCAGGUUAUUACAAGAGAUUUGUGGAAGGGUUCUCAAAAAUAACUAGACCGUUGACGGAACUCACAAGAAAGAAUCUAAAAAAAAUCAUUCCACCAGACAAGUGUGAGCAAAGCUUCCAGGAACUGAAGAGUCGACUCAUAUUGGCACCAGUACUCAACUUACCAUCGGAUGAAGGACAGUUUGUGGUCUCUUGUGAUGCAUCAAAGCAAGGAUUAGGUUAUGUAUUAAUGUAG